UAAUAAUUCAUCAUUCCUUCUCCUACCAAACCUCUCCCCCUCCUCAUCUCCCUCAGCUCAAUUCCAUCCAUCCGAUCCAUGGCCGAUCACCAGUUCCAACCAUGCAGCAGCUGGUGGACUGCUACAGCCGCCGGAUUCAGGCAGGACGCCGUCAGCCUCCCCGCCACACCACCGCCGUUGGUCAGCUGCUCCACCGUGCUCGGAAGAAGCCUCAACUAUUGCAACGAGAUGAUGAUGACCAGUACUACGUCACCAUCCGCGUCGGUCUCGAACAGCUCAUCGACCUUCCAGGACCGCCCUUCCGCUCCGGCGAUCCCUGCGCCGCCGACGGAUCACUUCCACGCCCCCCAUGACUACUGGAGUACUCAAGUGCCCUUCUGUUUCCACGGCCUGCUUCAGGAAGACAUGGUGAACAUGGACAUGAAUCCACUAGAUGUCUCAUCGAUCGAUCAGUCUUCCUUCGCGUCACCUUACGCGUUGCUGCACGGGCUCGGUCUCGAGCAAGAUGGCGGAUCGCAGAGCUCUUUGAUCCAAGUGCCGAGGCAGCAGCUUCCGUUCUCCGGCGAGGCUCUCUUUUCGAAUCCAACCGCAACGGCAACGGCAACCGAGCACCAUAACUUGAGGCCUCCCCCUCAGCCUCCCCGCCAUUAUCCCAGCUCAAGUAGCUACAGCAGCACUAACCUCGUCAAGACACCUUCCACUUUAGGAACGAAGGCUUCCAUGGAGAAUUAUAGGAAGAACAGUAGCGAACCAGCUCCCAAAAGGGCCAGAUUAAUAGAGACUAAUUCGUCCCCAUUACCGACGACAUUCAAGGUGAGAAAAGAAAAAAUAGGGGAUAGAAUUACUGCAAUCCAACAACUAGUGUCACCUUUUGGAAAGACCGACACUGCAUCAGUAUUGCACGAGGCGAUCGACUACAUCAAGUUCCUCCAUGAUCAAGUUCGCGUACUGAGUGCCCCCUACCUAAAGAUUAAUGGUCAUCCAGUGCUGCAGCAGCAAAUAAUGAAUUUGGAGAAAUCAAAGGGAUGUGAUGUGCAAAACCAAGACCUAAGAAGCCGAGGGUUGUGCCUAGUUCCCAUCUCAAGCACAUUUGCAAUUGCUAAUGAGAUCCCAACUGAUUUCUGGACUCCUACCUUUAUGGGAGGAGCCUUAAUUUAGGUAGGGAGAGCAUGUGUGUAAUAGUUAUCAGUACUAGUGUUUUUAAAAUCGGACCGACCGAAUCAGAUUGAAUUGGCUGAUCUGGUCCGGGUUUAAAAACACUGAUCAAGAUCUAGAUACACAAAUUGAUCUUUUAGUAUAUAUAGCUAGGCAAAAUGACUCCUCAUGAUCAAUAUAUAGCAUCAUUUGAUAUGUGUUUUUAUAGAGUAAAGGGGAAGGAAAGACAUGUGUGGUGGUGACCCAACAAAACUAGGCAUGGAAUUUUGGGACACCACUAGUUGUUGUUGUUGUUAUAUUGGAUGAUGAAAAUGGGAACAGGUGGGGAAACAUGGCAUGAUUAGUGGUUUGGAGUAGGGAAUUAGUUAAUUGAUGUUUUGUUUUUUUUUCUUCUUCUUGUUCUAACAAAUUAUUAUUUGGAGGAGAAAAAAAAAGGAAAUAACAAGAGCAAGUGUAUGGCUUUACUGACAAAAGGAUCAACUUCUUCUUGAUUGUCCAUUUGAAUUUAGAUAUAUAUAUAAUGCUAGUGGAA